AUGCGGGGCGAGCUCUGGCUCCUGGCGCUGGUGCUCAGGGAGGCUGCCCGGGCGCUGAGACCCCAACCCGGAGCCGGUCAGGAUGCAGGCCGAAGCUCUGGAUGGGCCACCCAGGAGACCGUACAGAGCUGGAGGAGGAGAGUCCGGGAGAGCCCUGGGCUGGUGCCAGAGCCAGACAGGACCCAGCUGAGCAAGGACCUGGUUGGGGGCACCCUGGCCAUCGACACGCUGCCCGACAACGGGACCAGGGUGGUGGAGGACAACCACAGCUACUAUGUGUCCCGCCUGUUCGGCCCUGGUGAGCCCCGCAGCCGGGAGCUGUGGAUGGACGUGGUCGCGGCCAACCAGAGCCAAGUGACGGUGCACAGAAUCCUCUCCAGCACCCACCGGCAGGCUUCGAGAGUGGUCUUGUCCUUCGACUUCCCUUUCUACGGACAUCCUCUGCGCCAGGUCACCAUAGCAACUGGAGGUUUCAUCUUCAUGGGGGACGUCAUCCACCGGAUGCUCACAGCCACUCAGUACGUGGCCCCGCUGAUGGCCAACUUCAACCCUGGCUACUCAGACAACUCCACGGUUGCGUACUUUGACAACGGGACUGUCUUCAUCGUCCAGUGGGACCACGUCUACCUCCAAGGCUGGGAGGACAGGGGCACGUUCACGUUUCAGGCGGCUCUACAUCGGGAUGGCCGUAUUGUCUUUGGCUACAAAGAGAUCCCCAUGUCUGUCCUGGAGAUGAGCGGCUCCGAGCACCCAGUCAAAGCCGGCCUGUCAGAUGCCUUCAUGAUCCUCAACCCUUCCCCGGACAUGCCAGAAUCUCGGCGAAGGACCAUCUUUGAAUACCACCGCGUGGAGCUGGACCCCCGCAGAGUCACUAGCACAUCGGCUGUGGAGUUCACCCCGUUGCCAACCUGCCUGCAGCAUCAGAGCUGUGGCACCUGUGUGUCCUCAGACCUGACCUUCAACUGCAGCUGGUGCCAUGUCCUCCAAAGAUGCUCCAGUGGCUUUGACCGCUACCGCCAAGAGUGGCUGGCCUACGGAUGUGCCCAGGAGGCAGAGGGCAGGACAUGUGAAGACUUCGAGGAUGAGGACCACUAUGCGUCCUCCUCGCCCCCCGACAGCUCCUUCACCCCCUUGGAUGGAGACCUCCCCACCACCACCACCUCCUCCCUCCCCAUUGACAGCCUCACCACAGAAGAUGACACCAAGGUGAACCCCUACGGAGGAGGAGAUGGUCUGCAGAACAACCUGUCCCCCGAGACCAAGGGCCCCCCAGUGCACCUGGGCACCAUCGUGGGCACUGUGCUGGCAGUCCUCCUCGUAGCAGCCGUGAUCCUGGCUGGGAUCUACAUCAAGGGCCACCCCACCUCCAACGCUGCUCUCUUCUUCAUUGAGCGGCGACCUCACCACUGGCCAGCCAUGAAGUUCCGCAAGCACCCUGGCCACUCCACCUACACGGAAGUGGAGCCCUCGGGCCACGAGAGGGAGGGCUUCGUGGAGGCCGAGCAGUGCUGAGCACACCGGGGCUCCCCUUCGAAAGCUUGGAAGGAAGACCUGGGAACCCCCAAAAGAACAGAGCAGGGAAGCGACUUUUCUUGGCCUCCUUGGAGCACAUGCAGGGCUGCGCAGGGCCACAGUCCCCCCGCCCCCCCAGAUCUCACAGUAGGUGGUGGGGCCCGGCGGGACACCCCAUUGAUUUUUUUUACAACAGAAUAUAUAUAACCUCAUCCUCUCUUGAUGUCAGGAGUCUCCCCAUUCCGGUCUCUCCAUGGAGUAUUAGGUAGCUGUCCAAGAGGUCUCCUCCCAUCUGGAGAGGUCCAGACACCUUGCUCCGGGUCACCCAAAGCCCCCUCCCGCUUAGGGCGCAGAUUGGGGCAGCUGCCUUUGCAGGGUUUCUGGAGCCCCGGGCUGGUCCUCUGACUGUGGUCAUUAGCUCCCACUUCUAUAGCUUCGAAAGUCUCAGAAGUUCCCUACCUGCUAAGCCUCAGGGCGCUGCCCUCAGCCGCACAGAAGAAAGCCAGCAGAGAGGAGGGGGAGAAGCCCUGGGGAAAGGUGUGUUUCUGGAUUUUGCCCCCUCACUUUACCCAUCCCGCUUGAAUCAAUACUUCUGCCCCCAACACGUAUGCCCCCAGCCACACGGCUAUCACCCCAGCCUGUGGCCAGAGUCAGCUCUGCUGCCUGACGGCGUGGAGCUCUCUACUCUGAUAUCACACCUGGGCCUCCUUUGACUUAGUCACCCACUCGGCUGGCAGGCUCAGAGAGGGCCACCGAAAACCAAAGCAAAGCCCGAGCAGCCCAGCCAGCCACUGGUGAGCUGGCUCAGACGCAUGGCAGCCACACGGUUCGCAGUGGCUGUUCUCUCAGAAGCAAAGCCCUAGGCCUCUUUCCCCAAGGCACCUCUGGGUGGUCUUGAACCUCCAACCUCCUGCUUGCUCACCGAAGACAUUAACCUUUUGCACCAGCAGCAACUACAUAAAUACAUCCAUCACAGUCUCUGUCUAGUCAUGGCCUGUCUGUGCACCCGGCAGCCCAGGGUGGGGGUAAGGGAGUCCCCAGGUCAUCAGACACGUCCUUGUGGGGACGUUCAUGACAGUCAGAGCUGGGAAGGUGCUGGGCUACUGGACCUCGACGUUGCUUGCUGCUUCAGGGACCAGAGUGGAGAGAGGAACUGGGAAAGGGCGGAUGAGGCAAUGCUCCAAAGGGCUCUUUCCUCGCUUCCGAGAGACAACAGGUCGGGUCAGAAAGGGAAUGGGGCUCCUCACACUCCAGGCUGGAAGUGUGAGCUUUGCUUUUGGCCCAACCAGGAAGGUGUCCCUGAGCUUGAUGGAUCUCACAUGGCCAGUUGGCAGGCAGGCCCUGUGGUGGCUGACUGCCACGUUGAGCUCCACUUGUCCCAUUCCCGAACCUCAGCACACCUCUUCCCCAGGAGAGGUCAGCCAGCCACCUGUCCUGGAUCCUGUUGGGGAAGAACCCAGGGAAGGUUGAGAGGGGCAAGGUGUGGCCAGGCCCAGACCCGCUGCCGGUGGCCCUGGCCACAGCAAGCCUGGUGGCUCUGCCGUGCGAGUGGCCAGCGGGAGCUAUUUGGCCCCGUGGCAGGCAGCCUGGUUUGUUUGCAGCAAAAAGAACUACAGAUGAGUCACUGAGAGGCCUCUAGACAUCAAUACCUCUGGCUUUCUCUAGGGCAGACACCUAGACGCAAGAAAGAGGACCAAAUGUGGAGACAGUGUGACUCCAGGUGAACAGGGUAGCUGUGGAGGGACCAGAAGGAGACACAGGGGUCUUGGGCUCUGGCCUCCAAAUUCGGCUGACGGCCUGGGAAGGCCAGAGGGCAUACUUCACACACUGGGACGGUCAACUGUGAAGCAUUGCCAGACUUCCGACCCCUCCUUCAUGGGCACGUGCCAGCUACAAAGGAGAGUGGGUGGCUGGCUGCCAGUGCUCCACAGUAGUCUGCCUGUGGGGACGGCAAGCGUGGGGACAGCAAGCUUCCACGUGGUGAAGCCGGGCUGUGGGGAGUUUACCUGUACUACAGAGAGACCGGCAGCUCCCAGGAAGGCUGUUUUAUACUGGGACACAAGAAAGUGGCCCUCCCUCUAAAACAAGUAGGGACAAGAAGAGGAAUGCAGAGGCCAAGUAGGAGAGGGGACUCCACGGCUAAGGCUGCAAGCCCAACUUCAUUCUUUUGACAAUUGGCUACCCCUGGAUGGGAGCCCUGGUGAGGUAGUGGGUUCUGUGUGGGGCUGCCAACAACCAGGUCCGCAGUUCGAUUCCACCUGCCACUCCACGUGUCAAAAGAUGAGGCACUUGUUUAUUCGACGCCUAGACUUGUGGAUCUGUCCACUGAAGUCUCAGGGGACUCUGACUCUAGAACACGAUUGUGAGUCUGGUCAUCGACACUGAUACCCACGAGGACCCGGGGUGGAGCAGAUGGACUUUCUAAGCUUGGCUGACUGGCCACCUCCUGCGACUGUCAUUAGGCAUCACCUGUCAUCCCAGCAGGUCCCAGGGCUCAAAGGGCCACAUUGGGUCUCAACCUGGAACCUGAGGUACAAAAUGUCCUUGAGUCACUGUUAGAGGCCCUUAGUGGACCUAUUAAAACAAUAUAUUCACGUAAACGUAUGCAUUUACCAGGGCCUUCCCUGUGCAAUGUACCAUAAACACACACACACACCACUCCUGUGCAUUCUAUAGCUGUAAGCACUGGACAAGGCUGUCUCUCUGCUCGGCCUGGCACUUGCUUUGUUCAAGGAAGACAGUGGCGAAACUGCCAGCCAACGACACUAUGUACACACCUGGCCAUGCAUCUGGCUGUGGGCUCACUUCUCUGGACCAGGCCAAGCCUGGUUGUCAGAGACUCCAGACACGGGACUGAGCAGGGGCUGUGCCGAGAUUCCACGGUCACAGUUCAAAUGCAGUCUCUAUCUCACCAAAAACCUACCUGAACUUACUGCACAAGUAGAAAGGCUCUGGGGACCGAGGGCACGUUUCCUAAGUGCCACUGAGUUGAUGUUCAACCCCACGUGACAGAGUCGAGCUGCCCCCAGAGGGUUUUCCGAGCUGUCAUCUUUCUGAGAGCAGCUUGCCAGACCUGCCUCCCACAGCUGCUGGGCGGUUUCAAACCACCAACCUUUGGUCAGCAGCUGAGGGCUUACCCAGGGCAACACCAGGGUUCCCGAGAGCACCCUAGCUCGCCUGAAAGUGACGUGUUCACAGCUUUGUGUGACUUCUGGGCACAAGAGGUGAGCCCUGGGGGAGUAUUGGUUUUGCAUUGGGCUGCUCGGUCAGUUCAAAACCUCCAGCCAGCCGCUCGCUCCAUGGGAGAAAGAUCCAACUCCAGUUAAGAGUGACCUCCUUGGAAACCCACAGGGGCAGCUCUCCCGUUCUGUCGGGGGGCUGGGAGUUUGAUUCCACCCCGGGGUAGUGAGCUUGAGGUUUGGGAUGAUUUUGUCUCGGCACAGACUCAGUGUUAUGAACAAAAAGACACCUUCCUUUUUCUAUGUCUGCGGGGGUGCAAAAUAAAAGUGCCAAGGACUGGGGUUGACACUCUGCAAAUCGCUGCCCUAUACCUCAGUUCUGAUGACUCCUCGUCCCAGAUGGCCUCACCCAGCAGUGGCCUCCAGCAGUGGGCCCAUCUGGAGCGCCUUUCCCCGCCACCUGCCCCACUGCCACCAGAGACACCAGAGAGAGACCCCAGCCAGUGGCUUCUUUGCGUUUGUAAAUCCCUGGGAGUUUGACCUCAUGGGCUUGUAACCUACUAUCUAGAACUACGAAAUAAAAUUGAGUACGUGGAUGCAGUCACUCCUCUGGGCGAUUCGCAUUCGGGCAACGUC